UAAACAACGUCAAAAUGGGCAUAGAAGCCUGGUAUAUGGACAGUUCUGAUGAGGACCAGAGGAAGCAUCAUAGGUUGAACCCAAAUCAGCCUGUUUCUCUGGACGAGUUAAAAAAGCUCGGAGUGUGUUAUUGGAAGCUGAAUGCUGAUAUCUAUAAGACAGAUCCAGAGCUGGAAAACAUCCGCAAAGACAAAGGCUACUCCUACAUGGACAUUAUUGCUAUUCACAAGGACACAUUGCCCAACUUUGAGGAAAAGUUGAAGAUGUUUUAUGAGGAGCACCUGCACUUGGACGAUGAAAUACGCUACAUCUUGGAGGGUCAGGCCUAUUUUGAUGUCCGUGACAAGGAAGACAGAUGGAUCCGAAUUGCCAUGAGCAAGGGAGACUUAAUCACCCUGCCAGCAGGCAUUUACCACCGCUUCACUCUGGAUGAGACUAACUACACUAAAGCCUUAAGGCUGUUUGUGGGGGAGCCUGUAUGGAAAGCAUACAACCGUCCAGCUGAUGACUUCAAAAUUCGUCAAAAGUAUAUAGCUUCUCUGCAGGGAUCCUGAGGAAGAGAUGCACCACAGGUUCUUGAAUAGAAUUGUGUUCUUCCAAUGAACACAGAAUGUUGAAAAACCUUCUAUAGAUGAUACAAGAUGUUGAUGUGAUCAUAUCAAACUGAAGAAUAUGCAAGAAAACCUUUUAAGAUUUAACUUUGAAACUAUAAUUUGUACCUAGGCAAAAUAAUGGCAAGCCUUGAAGUAGUUAUAAUGAGCCACAACUCUUGCAUUUACUUGACUGACUGCUAGACUUCCAGAGUCUACCCGUGACACAAUGGUUAAUAUCAUCUGGUAAUACCUAUGGAAUUAUCUAAUUAUCUAAAAUCAAGUACAACUGAACUAUGUCACUAUAGACUGUAUUUUCCAUUAUGUUGAAAUUCUAUGUAUGAAGGACCUGAUACAAACCCAUUAUUGACAAUAUAACUGGUGCUUAUUUUAA